AGUGGGAAGUGGUCACACAAAAAAUGAUUUGUUCAUUAUGCAAUGGCACAUGUGAGGCAAAUCAAAUAUCUCCUCUCAUACCGUUACACGACAAAAUCCCAACUCCCAAAUAGAAACAAUGUUGUGGCCGGCUACUUCACAUGCUAUCAAAAUCCAAAACAAAAGCAGUGUGCUCCAACCAUUUACAGGGACUCAAAUUUGAAGAUCAAAACAACUCCUCCAAAAUCUUUAAGACGGGCCUACUUUGUAGCUCUAUCUAUGAUGCAAUUCACAACUUCAGUACCUUAUUUGCACCAAACAAAAACACAUUUUUCAAAUUCAAACCCUUCUUCCAUGAACAAAAACAAUCAAAUACCAAAUAGGAAUACAAACAUUAAACCAUGGUUCCCAACAUCAAAAGCUUUAACCAACUUUGGUGACACAAAUUGCAUGGAACAAUUACUUGUUCAUUGCGCCGACGCAAUCGAAACCAAUGAUGUAACACUUGCUCAACAAAUCCUUUGGGUUCUCAACAACAUAGCACCACCAGAUGGCGAUUCAAAUCAACGCUUAGCUAAUAGUUUCCUAAGAGCUCUCACAAAUCGUGCGGCGAAAAAUGGAACUUGCAAAAUGCUAGUAGAAGUUUCGAACGCUCGUAACAAUCUCAACAUUGAAACACAUAGAUUCUCAAUCAUUGAACUAGCUAACUUUGUCGAUUUAACGCCUUGGCAUCGAUUUGGUUUCACCGCGGCUAAUGCAUCCAUUAUUGAAGCAACAGAAGGUUUCUCAGUGAUUCAUAUUGUGGAUUUGAGUUCAACUCAUUGCAUGCAGAUUCCUACAUUAAUCGAUGCCAUUGCUAGUCGCCACGAAGUUUCUCCGUUGAUCAAACUCACCGUAGCUGAUCAUGCUAACAUUGAUCAAAUUCCAUUUCAUGUUCCACCUAUGCUUGAUCUUUCUUAUGAAGAGUUAGGUUCGAAGUUGGUGAAUUUCGCUAGGUCAAGAAAUGUAACAUUGGAAUUCAGAGUUGUUUCUUCAAGUUACACAAAUGGUUUUGCUUCUUUGAUUGAACAUUUGAGAGUGCAACGUUUGGUUUAUUCAGGUGAAGCUUUGGUUAUAAACUGUCACAUGAUGCUUCAUUAUAUUCCAGAUGAAACCCUAUCUUUAAUUCAUGACACAAAUUUAAAUUCAAACUCAAAUUCUUAUGUUUAUGAUACUUUUUCUUCUUGUUCGUCUUCUGCUGCUGUUACUGUUACUACUACUGCUACUACUACUUCUUUGAGAUCGUUGUUUCUUAAGGCGGUUCGAGGUUUAGAUCCAACACUUGUAGUUUUAGUAGAUGAAGAUGUUGAUUUAACUUCAAAUAACUUGGUUUGUAGAUUAAGGUCUGCAUUUAAUUAUCUAUGGAUACCUUAUGAUACUGUGGACACAUUUCUGCCACGUGGAAGUAAACAAAGGCAAUGGUAUGAAGCAAACAUUUGUUGGAAGAUUGAGAAUGUGAUUGCUCAUGAAGGGGUUCAAAGAGUUGAGAGAGAUGAGAAUAUAGGGAAAUGGGAACAAAGAAUGAGAAAUGCAAAUUUUCAAGGGAUUGGAUUUGGUGAGGAAUGUGUUGGUGAGGUGAAGGCUAUGCUUGAUGAACAUGCUGCUGGUUGGGGAUUGAAGAAGGAAGAUGAACAUAUUGUGCUUACUUGGAAAGGACAUAAUGUUGUUUUUGCAUCUGCUUGGUUACCUGCUUAGUUCAACAUUUUUUCCCCUUUCUAUUGUUGUAUUCUUUGAAUAAUUAAUCAAGUUAUUGUUUUCCUAUUUA